UCUGUCGGUCACAAACAAUCAUGGCGUCGCUCGGAGGAGAUGCGGGUUCCCCCAAGUCUGCUCCUUCUGGGGACCAAGAAGAGAGGAAACCAGCGGCCGUGUCGUUUGGUUUUACUAAAACAGUCAACAAAUUCAAACCUUCCACUGGAGACGGAGGGUUCAAUAAAGAAGACAAAGAUUAUUUAACCGGGAUUGACGGGAAAGAAUUGCAAAGCUCAAAGCCAUCCGAGAAGCCCAAAGAGCUCAUCAUCCCCCUGAUCCAGAAGAACCGCUGGCACCGGCUGGACAGAGCCGUCCAGGGCGAGGCGAGUGAAGGCAAAGCAGCAAAGACAACCCAAGACAAUGACUCUGUGGAGUCCCAGGCUGUCAAGGAGCUCAUUGAAGACUCGCGGAGGCAGCUUGAGGAGUGGCAAAACGGCUCUCAGUCAGACAUCAACCCGAACCUCGCCAUCCCCCUGUUGAUGCAAAACAAAGUGCCCGACGGCUUUGAGGAUGGAGAUCGUGUUAAGGUGGAUCUACGGCCUGAAUCUUCGACAGAGGCAGACUAUGAGAGCAUUCCUGUUGAGGCUUAUGGAAUCGCCAUGCUUAAAGGGAUGGGCUGGAAUAAAGAGGAAGGCAUCGGACGCACCUUUAAACAGCACGUGAAGCCAAUCGAACACCAGCUCCGUCCUAGAGGUUUGGGUCUCGGAGCUGAUCGUUCAGCCAUAAAGGACCUGGAGCCCACUAGACAUAAGCGUCCCCCGAAGCCAGGCGAGGAGAGAGAGAAGGAGGAGGAGCUAGUGAUGGGUCCAGGAGGCUGCGUGCUGGUGCAGUCAGGGGCUCAUAGAGACCUGUAUGGAAAGAUUGAAGGCGUCGAUGCCGACAACGCUCGAGUUGUGGUGAAGCUGGCCAUCGGCGGCAGGUCUGCAACAAUCAGCCAGCAUGCUAUUAAACUAGUUGGGCGCGAGGAAUACGACAAAAACUGCAAAGACCUCAGUCGCCUCAGUAGAGCCCACAAGGAAAAGGAAAAGGAGAAAGAGAAGGAGCAACAGAGACGGGAGGAGAAAGAGAGGCAAAGUAAUGGUGACGACGCAAAACACAAGUCUUCAGAAAGAGAUAGAGGAAAAGACGAGAGGAAGAGGAAACACAGAGAUUCCAGUCAAGACAGAGAGAAACCUCCAGUGAAAGAGUCACGGCGACCACCGGCUCCCCCCUCCUGGCUCCAGAGAGACUUGAAAGUCCGCUUUAUAGACAAAGCUUUCAAAGGGGGCAGAUACUACAACUCAAAGAUGCGUGUGGAGGAUGUCCUGAGCCCGACUAUGUGUGUGUGUCGAACUGAGGAGGGUAGACUGUUAGACGAUGUGAAGCAGGGCAUGCUGGAAACCAUCAUUCCUAAAAGUGAAGAUGAUUCUAUAAUGGUCGUACUGGGAGAGCACAGAGGACAGGUCGGCCGUAUUCUCCAACGGGACAAGAACAAGAGCAGAGCGAUGGUGCAGCUCGACCGACAUGAGGAGAAGCUGUUCACUCUGGAUUAUGACACCAUUUGUCACUAUGUAGGAGAAGCAGGCCACUGAUUCAAAUACUCCCUGUCCUUCCCUCCCAUCUGAAAUGUUUUUUGUGAUAUUCAAAAAUAAUGGAUUUUAAAGCAUUGAUAUUUUGUAAUAAAACAUUGUCGA